CACGUCGUUUGAGAUCUGACAGCAGCCAAUGCCAUGUUGCCGUCACUCUACUGUCUCUUCUAGUCUAGCUCUAUCUCAAUGUCGCUGCUCGUCGUUUUCUCGCAUCCGAAACAGACCGUCAAUGCAGCAGCAGUAGUAGCCAGUACACAGGGUAGUCUACAUGCGCAAUGUAACCGUGAGCAAUCCAGGCAUUGCCUUUCACUCACUCGGAGUCGUAUGAUUCGUAUCGGAUGUUUUUUUCUUCUUCUUUCAUUUUUGGCCUUACCUAUCGGGUUGUGAUAGUCGAGGCUUUUCCCUCUUGAAAAGGACUGUUGGUCGAGGACAAACGAGCCGCUGGCUAUGGCCUGGUUUGCCCGGAAUAGAGAGUCGCUUCCCGCGCUCUUACUAUUGGUGCUUACCGCGGCGGUUGCUGUUGUCCGCGCUCAAGACUUCGUGGGUGUUGGAGAUCCUGCGGCACUGCUGCCUCCUCCGGCUAGUAAUGCGGAAGUAGGACAAGAUGUUGGUGCCGACUCAAAGCUGCUGGAUGCGCUUGCAGCCGCCUGCAGGAACCAGGAGGGGUCGGACAUAUGCCCGGUGGACAGCAACUUCUGCUUGUCGGACGGCCAGUGUGGAGCGGGACAGCUGUGUACGUGCGUGCGUGGAUGCCAUCAGCUGCUCUGCCAGACUUUCAAGCCGGAAGAUAGCUGCCCGCGUCACCCCAUCCCAGUGCAUGGGUACGUGAUAGACAAGCACGCCAGUGUGGAGUUUCACUGUGGCGACGCGCACAGGCUGAUCGGACCACGCAACAAGACAUGCAUCAGCGGCCUAUGGCGUCCAUUGAACGACUUUCCCAAGUGCAAGAUACUGAAAUGUGAAGACCAUCCCGCUGCACCUGAGAAUGGCUUUGUGGUGUUCUCACCGCCCGGACGCACCCGCCGUGCCGGAACCAGAGCCGAGUUCUCAUGUCGCACUGGCUACAGCCUGCAGGGCAACUCUGACAUUCGCUGCACGAAGCACAACGGACAGGCUGUCUGGACUGGAAAGGCUGCAACGUGCAGACGUGAUGGAGGUUGGGGAGACUGGCUUGGCUGGACACCGUGCUCUAUUUCCUGUCAGGAGAAACCCGAGGACGUCGGCGUGCAGGAGCGGCAGCGCCCGUGUAACAAUCCCGAACCGGAGAGCGGUGGCAAGCCGUGUGUGGGGCAGAGUGUGGAGGUCAGGGAAUGCCGGCCAAACACCAUCUGUGAAAUUGAGAGAUUAUUGGAACAGGUCCCUGUUGUCUGGGACGACUGGUCCAACUGCUCUGCGGAGUGCGGCAUGGGUGAGAGGUAUCGCACUCGUAACUGCAGCAUGGCUGAUUCCUAUCUAGGUGGCGAAGAAUGCAACUGGAAUGAAACUCAGACACAGAGCUGUAUGGAGGCACCUUGCCCAGUUGAUGGUAUCUGGUCGGACUGGACGCCUUGGACAGUGUGCUCCAGCACGUGUGGCCUGGGUACAUUCUCACGCAGCAGGUCAUGUGACAAUCCUGUUCCCAUGUAUGGCGGUCUAAACUGCACUGGUCUCGGCAUUCAGGUGGGCCAAUGUCUUGAUGCACAUUGUCCAGUUCAUGGAGGUUGGAGUGAGUGGGAGAACAUCAGUGACUGCAGCCAGACAUGCGGAUUUGGAAUUCUCAUCCAGCGUCGUGAUUGCAACAAUCCCACUCCAAUCCACGGUGGCCGAUACUGCCCGGGACCACAUCAGCUGGUCGAGCCUUGUCGUAGGAAGCCAUGCUCAGUCGAUGGCGGCUGGUCAGACUGGUUGCCUCUGGUUGUGGGCUGCUCAAAGACGUGCGGCGAUGGGCAGAGGGUGAUGUUCCGUACCUGCACCAAUCCAGUGCCGAGCAAUGGCGGAAGGCCAUGUGACGGCCCGCAGCUGCUGACACGCACAUGCAGUACAAACAUUUCUUGUCCAGUACACGGCGGAUGGUCGGAAUGGAAUACCAGCUCAAGCUGCUCGGUGACCUGCGGCACGGGCUUUGGCGAGGAAAUGCGCACCUGCACCGCACCGUCGCCCAGCUUUGGCGGCGAUUCGUGCCGUGGAGAGAGCACCCGCUUGCAGCUAUGCAGCUCAGAGCAACCAUGCCCAGUCAACGGUAGGUGGUUUGCAUGGAAGGCGUGGACGGAGUGCAGUGUCAGCUGUGGCAGUGGUACACAGCAGCGUCAUCGAGACUGCUCUGCGCCCAGCAAUGGAGGACUGGUGUGCGUCGGUGCAGCUCAAGAGCAACGAGAGUGCAAUGUUCAGCAAUGUCCUGUGCAUGGCAACUGGUCUGAGUGGAAGGACUGGUCGGACUGCUCCGUGACGUGUGGCUCCGGUGUGCGGUCGCGUUCCCGUGACUGCAGCAGUCCAUCUCCUCGCUUUGGUGGAUAUCCGUGCAGUGGAAGCUCAGAGGAAGUGAAGAUCUGCAAUGUUCAGCCUUGCCCAGUGCAUGGAGAUUGGUCGGUUUGGGAAGACUGGUCGGACUGCUCGGUGUCCUGUGGAGCUGAUGGCGGAAUUCAAAGUAAACGUCGCCACUGUAACAAUCCGUAUCCGCAGAAUGGUGGCACACCCUGCCCUGGACCGGCUGUGGAGAUAAGGGACUGUACAACACAAGUACCAUGUCCAAUUGACGGAGGAUGGACGAACUGGACGGAGUGGUCGCACUGCUCCGAGACAUGUGGCGUGCAGGGCUUCAAACUGAGAUACCGCAACUGCACCAACCCUGCGCCACAACACGAUGGACGUCUAUGUCCUGGAUCUUCUCAGCGGAUCAAGCACUGUACUGAACCUCCGUGCGCUGUGGACGGUUACUGGCAUAGCUGGGGAAGGUGGUCCCCAUGCGAUGCUCUCUGCGGACAAGGAUUGAAGUCUCGGAGCAGGACAUGCCAGCCUCCAGAGCAUGGCGGACAGCCAUGUGCUGGCAGCAACUAUCAGACAGCACUCUGCACUUCUUCAGUGCCUUGCAAGACUGAAGUGCAUCUAGGCUGCUCGGCCGCCCAGCCGGGCACGGGCAAGAUGACAAAGAUUGCCUUCGAGCACCCGCUGCUGCGCUCCGUGCACCGAUGCGCGCAGCGCUGUCGCCAGCACCUCACCAACUAUGUCAUAACGCACGGCGACUCGGCCUGCUACUGUGUCAACAACUACCAUCAUCAUGCCCUGAGCCACUGUACACGAGAUAACUUCCACGUCUAUAAAGGCCUGACGGGAAAGGCGUGCUCGAUUCGCAAACUGAAAAUCCAGCCGUUCCAGGUCACGGUGUCCGUGUCUGUUCAGCAGCGCUUCACGACCAAGUGCGGCUUCAUCUACUGGAGACGGUGCACUCGAUACCGAACGAUUACACGCUACCGAAGAGAAACUCGCUAUAAGCAGGUGUAUCACAUCGUGCCGUGCUAGGCCGAUGCUCGCUUGUAUUUCUCACCAGCCGUGAAUCAGGCCAAGAUACCGGCUAUGUCUGUCAGCCUAUUGCAUGCAGAGGCUAUGCAAUUACGUCAUUAAUUACGUCAUUGUCACGUGAUGUGUUUGUAUGGAGUGGGGCGCCGGAUCGCAAGCAACAGUUUGCCACUCCCCCAUGCAAAGCAAGCGUGCACAGUACAGCAAUGUAUUUUCCUGCAUGAUAACCUCUAGUAGUGGAUGGUAGCAUUCAUCAUGACUACAUGUCAUGAUGUGUAAUUGACUCUCGGCACGGCCAGUGACUGACAUUAUCAUCCACAUGCUGUACUGGCUCCACCUCCGUGCAGCAAACUAGUAGCCACCGUCCCACACACAUGCUAUCCACCACCGGCCAGCACUCCCACUCACAGCGAGUCCAGCCCGACCUGCUGGUUAUCAUGGUUAUGCACAAACUGUGAAGACUUGUAUCGGCGGAGACUGAACAUGCACUCCAUGUUGCACGUGGCCAUUUCAUUCACUCACAUUCUCGUUUGUCAAGAAGUACUUCAAAGGCACAAUUAUGAUGAACUUAUCACAUAGCCGGACAAACUAGGCAUACAUUCAUAGAAAUGUAUUAAAUCUGCAGCCCUAGAAUUGCUUCGUCCUUUGUGGACUCGUCAUAGAAAGGUAGAUAUAGCAGAAUACUUCAAAUUCUUUAAAAAAAUUGGUACAGCCUUUCAAGCUUUUGGUAGAUACUGCAUAAUAAUAAUAAUAAAUGUUGUUGACGAUGAGAACUAAAAUCUCAAAAUAUAUAAUCUUUCAAGUUUCAA